AUGAAAGAAGAUGUAGAUGGGAAGAUUGAGGAAGAUGCGCAACGAAUAUGGAACGAAUCUCGAUUCGAUCCGCGCAAAGUUGGGGAGGAGCAAGCACGCCAAAAUACCUCGCAGUACCUCGAAGAAAACGAAUUCCACUUCCGCGAUGCGAAAGCUAAUAUCGAGAUGUUUCUCAAAGGAAGGUUUCCUUGUGGUAUUCGGGCUUGCGACAAGAUCAAGCACCUCCGCGUCUACAUCCGUUGUGAAGAAUUCCUGAACUGGGCGGGCUGGGACGAAGAGGAUGAGGAUUGUGGAGAUGCCGGAGCGCAAGAAACUGAUGAGGAUUUUCCAUGGGAAGAGCGCGAGAACAAUGUCUAUGACGACAAGGUCUAUCGCGUGGCCAAAGCCUUUUCGAGGAUACCCUUCCCUUCGCGACCACACAUCACCAUGGUAAUAGUGACUCCGUUUGGCCUCUACGGCGCCGAGGGUGUCGAGGAAGAGCGGGUCUUAUUCAACUUCAUCGAAGCGACACUCGAGACCUAUCAUGACCUCAAGAGUACUGGUGCGACAGUGACAGUCAGCACGAUAGAAGCCGACGACGCCGAGGAAGAGCAUGCAUCGACGGCCUCCGCGCUAGACUUUGAAAUCACAUGGCUGUAUGAGCUAGAAGAGCAAAAGUUUAAAGAAAGAUGGAAUGCGCGGGAGUAUCCCCGCUACGCUUAUCCCAAGGAACCAGCACCACCCCACUAUGCUACGUUACUAGCUCGCUCUCAUGAGCUUCAUGACCAGCGGUUAAGGGAGGGAGAAGACGAACUGCAGAGAAGAGUCGCAAUAUGGAGAAACACAGCGCCUGGCGACAUGGACAAAGAACGUCGGCAUCUCAACAAAAUGGCUGGAACGGUCGGCACCGCUCUCUAG